GUUUGACAAAACUGUAGACUGCUGUUUCUGCACCUUUGUACAUCACCGAAACCAUUUGAAGGAGGGAUCUUUCCACUUUAUUUGUUAAAGUACACCAAUUGUACUUUAUCAGAUACUCAGACAUCAUGAAGGCAUCCAGUCACCAAAACAACGAUAAACUGUUGUUGCUUAUUCUCGCAGUGAUUUUAACCACUGGAAUUAAUGCAAACUUGCCCAAAGGCCCAUUGAUAACAAGGGAACUUGCUAUUACUGAGGAAUUCACCGCUCCUCUUAUGAUAUUUCAGUUUACGUCAGAGAAUGUUGAUGUGAAGACAUUUGCAAUAAUUGGUGAAACAAAUGGCGCAUUCAACAUUUUAGACAACUGGUUGGUUGCCAAUGUGAGCCUGGACCGUGAAGAAAAAGCAUCGUAUGAAUUAAAGAUAGUAGGUCAAAAUGAUGCUAAAGAAACAGUUGAAGGACCUAAAGUUGUCACCAUUUUACUUCGUGAUAUAAAUGACAAUCAACCAAUAUUCACAGAACAACAGUAUGAUGGAGUGGUCCGCCAGAAGUCCAGGCCUGGGAAGCCUUUCAUGUCUGUAACUGCAACUGAUUUGGAUGAUCCUGAAACUCCUAAUGGUAAAAUCUACUACAGCAUUUUACAACAAAUCCCAAACAGUAAAGACAUCAUAUUUUUCCAGAUUGAUAACCAAACAGGAAAAAUCUCCACAACAGAAGACGGAUACCAGUCACUUGAUCCAAACGUACAAGACAACUACCAGCUGGUAGUGAGUGCAAACGAUGAAGCUGCCUUGUCGCUGGGCACAAAUGUUCACGUAAUGAUUACUGUAAAAGAGAAUUUGUGGAAGGCACCUGGUAAAAUAAGCAUUAUCGAGAAUUCUACAGACCCUCAUCCAAAGACAUUCAUACAGGUGCAAUGGAAUGAACCUGGUGCAAUAUAUGAAGUCAAGCCAAAGGUCAAGCUUGCUUAUCCCAAGUUUCCAUUUGCAGUCGAUGCAAGUGGUAAUAUUAGUGUGACAGAACCAUUAGACAGAGAGCAGAAUAGUGAGUAUAUACUUUUAGUUUAUGCGCUGGACGAAAACAGAGAGCCACUGGAAGACCCAUUGGAAAUUAUGAUCAUCGUGGAAGACAUCAAUGAUAAUUACCCCAUUUGUAACCCAGAAGUAAAGUUUCUUGAAGUCCAAGAAAAUGAACCUAUAGGAAGCUACAUUGGAACUGUGAUUGCAAAUGACAAGGAUGAAGAUGGAUCAGUUAAUACUCUUUUGAGCUAUAAAAUCAUUGAUCAAGAACCAAAAAUUCCAGAGGAUGAAAUGUUCAGUAUUGAUGAUUUCAAAGGAGACAUCAAGCGUUUCCAAGGACAUCUGGUGAAACGCAUUGCAUCAGAUUAUAUUUUAAAAGUCCUAGUCAGCGACCAACCAGGACUGUCCACUGAAUGUAUUGUCAAUAUCUCUGUUAUUGAUAUCAAUGACAAGAUUCCUAUCUUUCAGAAAUCAGAGUACGGUCCCAUCACUUUACAAGAAGAUAUUUCAUUGGAUACGGUACUGAUAGAGAUUCAGGCAACAGAUGAUGAUGAGCCAUUCACAGGCAGCUCCGAGAUUGAGUACCAUGUUGUAGAGGGUGAUACCAAUGGGACUUUCAAAAUAAUAACCGAUCCAAAAACAAAUAAAGGAAGAGUGCAGCUGGUGAAGCCGCUAGACUUUGAAGAGUAUUCAUCUUACAUGUUAAAGAUCAGUGCCACAAAUCCAGAACCGCUUGUGGAAGGAGUGGAGUACAACUCAAGCUCUUUUGCCUUCCUGAUCAUUAAUGUGACCGAUACUGAUGAACCACCACAGUUCUUAAAAUCUUCGUAUCAAAAAUGGAUAUUCGAGAAUGCCUCCUUAGGUGAUUUGUUGCUUAAAGUGGAAGCCAAAGAUCCUGAAGGUGCUGAAGUGAGCUAUAGCCUACAAGAUCCACUUCAAUUAUUCAGGAUUGAGUCGAAAACUGGAGAAAUCUUUGUUAAGAAUGAAUUGGAUGCAGAAAAGGAAAAAUAUCAUAUGAUUAAGGCUUUUGCAAUGGAGACAGGCAGACCUAAAAAGAGUUCUUCGGUGGAAGUCUCCGUUUACUUUAACGAUGUUAACGACAACGCUCCCAAAUUAGCAAAAGAUUCCUCUCAGUUUUCCAUUUGCCUACCAGCUGUAGAAGAGAAGAAAAUAAUAAUUCAUGCUGUAGAUGCUGAUAAAGACAAUGGUCCACCAUUCACGUUUUCUAUUCCUGCAGACCCAGGCAAAGAAUUGAAAGUUGAACCAAUAAAUGGUACUCAUGCCUAUGUCACCAUGAAAUUUGGCCGACACAGUGAGGAAACAAAAUAUAAUCUUCGUGUACUAAUCACUGAUAGUGGCUCUCCACCUCUACAAGGAAUUGAUAACAUGACAGUUGCUGUCUGUAAAUGCACAGAUAAAAAUGUAUGCUUCAUUCCAAUAGAAGGUUUAUCUGGAUCAUCAAAAGUCGCUCUUGCAGUUGGAAUAUUGCUUGGAACCUUUGCUUUUAUAGGUUUGAUUCUUGCAGUGGUACUUUUAAAAAUGAAAGGCAAGAAAGGCGGAAAGAGUGAUAAAAUAGAUCCAAAAGCAGCACGGACUGAGAAUGAAACAAUACCCCUGGCUAAUGCAUAAUGCUAGAAGCUUGAAUACCCCACACCCGAAGGAAAUCAUUUUUCAGGGUCAAUUUCGCAUUCUUUCAAAGAUCCUUUUACAAAACCUUACCUUUUUAUGAGUGACAAACAUUUUGAAUGCAACUUAAUUUGGUGUUAAUUUUACUCAAAACAUUUAUUUAUAACUAGAGAAUUUUAUACAGUCCUCAAAAAAAAUUGAAGGAUGUGUGCUUAGAGUGUGUUCAUUUCUCUACUUUUCCAUUAAGCGUGAUGUAUAGUAUUUCGAAUGCUAUUCAUUAUUUUCACUUGUUAGAACAUUAAUUUGAAGCUUAUUGAAUGUGACCAGAGAAUUCAUUCUCAGAGUUUUCUUUGUCAGAAUUUGUUUUUUUUUGUAAAUUACAAUUAAAAUUUGAUUUAUGCCAGUCUGCACAUACUUCUUGCCAAAAUACCAACAUGUAAUUUCAUUAUUUCCUUUGUCAGUUAGUAAAAUACGUAAAGUGGGAUGAUUCUAAGUGAACGCAAAAUGAACCACUCAUAUAGGACAAGCAUAUACCUGUUGUACAUAUCAAAAGGGCACUGACUUUAUGAAAUAUAUUUUGACACCUAAAAUUGAAGGACCAAGCCUUUCGAUUUUAAUUUUAAAAUAUGCUUUGGUCUUCAGUUAAAUAUGGCAGUUUAUGCCCUGAUCCUUUGUUUAAUAUGUGGUAUAAACCAUGCAACUUUUCUGAUUUUCUGAGAUUACAUGGCAGUGAUGCAAGCCGACAGUUUGUCUGGAUGCUCAUUAUUAUGUUUCAUGUCUGCUUAGAGAAAUGCUUGAGAAAUGUGUGGCAUUAUCUCUGAUGAAUGAACAGUGCCGCAUUUGAUGAGGUAAACAAAUGCAACAAUGCAGGCAUUGCUGUUAGUGCAUCACCAGACUAAGGAAUUGUAAAAGUAGCCAGGAAUUUCAUUCCUGAACAUUAUCCAAUGACUUCUUGUACAAAAACAGACGUGUGUGAAUAUGAGAUGAGACAUGGUUAGAGCUUGGCUCUAAUGAUCUCUUGUUGUGAACAGCCUGACAGCAUUUUAUUAUUUAGGUUUCACACAAAAGUGUUUCAGGGCAGAAUAUUGGAUAGCUGUAUCCAAACAAACAUCAGUGCUUUCAGGAAAACAAGAGUAAGCAGCAAAGAUGAAUUAGGUGGGUGUGGGAGAAGGAGAAAUGCUUGCUGUAAAUACACCACUUCAGUCGCACUCCAGUUAAAGAGACUGUUGUCUGUUGAAAUAAUUUUUGUUCCAAGGAUAUAUUUCUUUUCAUUCCUUUUAAGUCUUCAUGCCAAAGAAAGUGCUAUGUAAAUAGGAUUUAUGUUUGAAUGAUUGUGUUUUUGUACCAGCUGUUUUUACAUAUCUUUCCACAAUAUUAAUUGAAAUAUUAAUGACAACAAGUAAAUGCUAUGAUGUUUCUGCUACAGCACAAGAAGAACAAAGGACAGGUUUUAAAAGGAAAUGCAACUUAAUUCAAUUCCUUUGUAAUCUUUUGUGAUCAUAUUUGAAAUAGUGGUGGAUUUAUCGCUGGUUGUGUAUAUGGAAAUCCUUUUCAACCUCAAAAUGUUUUCUCCUUAAUGGCUGUAUGUGAUAAGUUCAAUGUAAAAGAAAGCCAUUCUAACUUUUUGUGGUGCAGUGAUCAUUUUCUUUUGCAUAUAAUCUUCUCAUGGGGCUCCUUUUUACUACAACUCAGGGAUAACUAGUACUACUGAUAAUUAACAGUUGAAUGCCAAGAAUAUCAUGCUCAAAGGACCUGGUGACUAGUUUGUUAAAAAUUAUUGAAUUGUUUUAUACCAUGCUGUAAUAGCAUUCUUGAACAUUCCAAAAAUGCUAAGAAACCUUGUGAGGCGAAUGAGCAGAAUGAAGCCUCAAUUAUCUGAUUAUUAAAUUAUCACCUUUACUUUCCUGUCAUGGGGAAAAUGUCAUAAUAAAGACAUUUAAAGAUGCACACUACCUCUGAAAGCUGGUGCAAUUACUAUCCAACGUCAGCACGAAACCUUGUUAUGUGGCAUAUUCCACUACUUGAGAGUAAAUGUCCUGCAAGAUACACAUUUGGAAUACUUGGAACGUCAUUUUCAAAAUUGAAUUACUCUUGAAGAUUGGAGUGCUAAGAUAUUGCAGUGUUGCACUGAAAGAGAUUGAAGCAUAGUUCAGUAGCUUAUUGCAUUCAAGUAAAGGAGUGGUUAUUGUAUAACGUAUUAGCUUUUCUGAUGUAGUGAUGGGAAAUCAGAGUAGCAUGUUAUAUAACAGCUUUUUACCUAGAAACACAUUUAGUUUCUUAGUUGAAUUGUAAGUUUCCCAAUAUCCAACAUUAAAUAACUAGAAAAGCUUGGCCAGUCUUUUUUUCUUAUAAACUCAAAUCUAGGUAAUUGUACCUUUGCUUCCCUGUUGGUUGAAUAAGUAAUGUGGCAGUAAGGGUUUUAUUCUGAAUCUGUAUUAUGUACUGCUGAUGGAUUUUAGUCAAGACGAGGAUCUAACAGCCCGAGCAUUAAUACUUUUGUGAGGGUGAAAACUGAUCGUGAUUUCUAUAUUCAGUGAAAAUAGAUUUCUAGAUUCAGAUGAACUAAAUCAGCACAUGCAAAGCUGGGAUUUUCAGGAUCAGUGUAUCUCAAUUCCACACUGAUCACUGAGUCACAGGAAGAACACAGACGAAAGACUAUGAUGCUGAAUUGUCAGUAUAGCGCUUUGAUAUCAAGUUGUUACUAUUUAGGAAUCAGGUGCUGCAAUGAGUUAGCAAAUUAUCCUUUUAGUUGUGGUAUUUGGUUUCAAAUCAAUGGGAUGAAAGUUUACUCUAUCUGCUAGCUUUUUGUUUAAAUAAGCUUGGACAGUUUUAGUUUCUAAUGCAAUACAAAUUGGGAAUCCUGGAAAGAUGGCCAUGAGGAUAGCUAAAGUGAUUAAUAGUAUAAUAAACAUAUUAUACAACAGCAUGAAAGUGUUGCUCUUUGUCAAAGUUGUGCUAUCCAUGAGACUUGGAAGGUGUUCUAUACUGGCACUGGGUGCCAAUUUAGAAGCAGUCACAAGAAUAGAAACAUAUUCACAAAUGGGACCGAGCCAUUUUUACAAACCAGUUUUAUUGUAAUGCCACUGUUAUGUUUUUGUACAACUAUAUUGCUCAUAUAAUUCCAAUCUAUAAUGUUUUUAUACACGGUCUAUCCUCAGUACUAGGAAUGAUGAAAACUGCAAAAAGCUGAAACGGAACUAAGCUACAUUGUUGUAACAUUUUUGUAUGAUCUGGGUAUUAAAAAAUAAAUUUUAAAAAUGAGAAAAA